GCCAGGUCGCGUGGAGGCACCACCAGUGCAGUUCACAGCUAUCGAUUGCGGGAGCGCCGCAACCUUGCCUGUCAGGUGUCGCCUGUCGCGGGAGCGUCGGAGCCCCGGCCGCGGACGCCCGGCAGCGCCAGCGGCGGGCCCACAGCCGUCCGGUGGCUGCUGCGUGUGAGCGGCGCGAGAGGCGUCCGGUCAGCCGCAGGUGUGACGGUGUGGCGGCUCGCGGCCAGUGGACUGGGACAGUGUCAGCGAGCUCUUCGGGCCCCGCCGACCUCGCCAUGAUCUCGUUCCUGGUGCCCCCCGAGGAGCGCGGCUUCAACCUGAACAACGCGGUGCCGCGCAAUGGCGUCGGCUACCAGAAUCCGGUCACCAACGGGCGCACGGACAGCAUCAUACGGCGUGACCUGACCUCAGGUCAGGUGACGAAUGAGCCGCACCGGCCCGGUCGGACCUCGCCGAACAAUAACUCGUGUCGCGUCCCCACCUCGCUCACUCUGAAUCACUUAGACAACCGGCCGGCAGCCGGUCUUUCUCCGCGCCAAAUACCCCUGGCCUUGACCCGUGACCUGCCGAUGAUGGACGACUCCAGCAGCGACGACACCACCACGGGGUCGCUGGCACCUCUCCACGCAGAUGACGCGUCAGACGAAGUGAUGACUCCAAGCACCGAGAACACGCACGGGCCAUCCUUCUGUGAGCAGAAGCGACGUGCUCCCGCCACGACCGCCUCCACCCGCUCCGGCAAGCUGAAGAGGGUGUCCUUCGGAAGCAGUAAGGGCUCCAUGGUGGAGACGCUGAUAUACGACUACGAGCCAGUGCACACUCUGCGGGAGGAGGAACCGUUCCACUGGCCAGCCCGCCGGCCCGGCUCGCGUCACUCCUGCACCUUCACCACUUCCACGCCCGUCUCCACCCUGAAGCGGUCGGAGGAGGAGCCGGCGCAGAAGGCCACCUCGCGCGUGCGCGUCACCUACUACGAGAGCAAGCGGCCGCUGUGUGUGAGCGGCUCGGACGCCAGCGAGGCGUCGGAGCGGCGCCCGGCCCGGCCGCCGGCGCACACGCCGCUCGUGGCCGUCGCCACCGAGAUGCCCACCACCUACAUUGUGUCCAGCGUCGACGCCGGCUGGGAGAACCCGUUCCGGCCGGGCGGCGAGCUGAGCAAGGAGGCCGACCAGAUCGUGCGCGCCAUCCAGUCGGGCCGGCCGCUCGACGCCAGCCUGGACGCUGCCGACGGGCCGGCCCCGCCGCCCGCCGCCGGAAACGGCCACGCCGGCUCGCCGGCAAACGGCCUGCCGGCUGGCGAGCCGGCGGUGGCGCUCCAGACGACCGCACUCCAGACGGCCGUGCCGCCGUCGCCGCCGUCACCGCCGGCCACUCUGCUCGCCACGCAGCAGCCCGGUACAGUGGAAGUGCGCCACUCGGUCGUCACGCCCGAGGGCGCCGCCCAGGUGGAGCGCGUGGCGCUGAAGAAGAAGCCGCGCGGCCGCUGCUGCGUCAUACAAUAGCGGGGGCAGCGCCCACGGGCGCCGCGCAGGCGGCGCGUCGCUGGCUUUGGCGAAGGCCAGACGGACGCCGCGGCGGCCCCGGCGCGGGCGGUGCGGCUCGGUGGGGCCCUCUGUGCAGUUGCCGCCGGCAACGGUCACAGAUGGGCAGCCCGCUGGCGAAGCUGCGCCCGCCGCGCACCGCCGCUGUCGGCAACUUUUGCUUCACGCCAUGGCCGCUGGGUGCCGCCUCUGGCCAAGGCGGCUGCGUGGGGUUCGUGCGCUGGCGAAGCUCGCUUGGCGCACGAGCCAUCUGGCGUAAGGCAUGUCUGUGCUGAACCUCAGAUCUGAAAGCUUUGGGAGGGUUGUCGUUUUGUAUGAGCUGGCGGUUCUGUUGUUUGCCCAGGUGCCAGCGGAGAGCUGGAGCGCCAGCCGCGCGCAGCUGACGUCCAGUGGACUGCUUGGGCUAUGUGUUGCCCGGCUCGUACUUUACAGAUAGCUAUUUUGUGUAACAGUUUAUCGAUGUCGUGACACGUUUUUGGAAUGACGGGCAGCAGCUGUGGUGCUGCGCUGGUGACCGCGCAGGACUUUUGACUGGCUUAUUGGUGGCUAUAUGUUCUGCUCUCUAAUUCAGCUCUCUAUGUCUACAUUUUGUGCUCUCUAGGUGACUGAAAGAACAUGAGGUCGUGGUCAAUUGUUUUUUAUCUGAGUGAAAGACGACAAAUUUCACAACUUCAGUCGGCAACGGCUAUUGUUCGCUGAAGGACUCUAAACAUAAGUUGCACUUUGGUCACAGGCGUUCCAGUUUGCCGCCGCCAGCGUGCGGGAUGGCAUCUGGCAGCUGCUGGCGGGCCGGUCGGUCACCAUUGUCAGCCGCGGCUCCUGCCGGCGCGUUGUACUGUGUUUUGUCGAGGGCUAUUCUGUUGUUGCUGUGCUAUCCAGGCGGCGGGAUGGGGCGGCACGCGGUUGUCCGCCCCGCGGCCCGUGUCGCCGUCGCCAGUCAGGUCACCAACGCGUCAGUGUUGCCUCCGAAAGAAAUAUACCUGACAAUGAUG